AUGCACGAACUAAUCUCCCACCCGGGCUUGCAAUUCUACAUCUCCCGCCUCUCAGGCACACUGCACUACACGCUCACUAUCGCCUCCCGUCCGCCAAAGCACUUCUCGCUCUCGGACUCCGACUUCGAAGACGUGAGCCCGCAGGUAAAGGCCGAGGGGUUUCGGCACCUACAUGGCACCGAUGCUAGUGCCGUGGGUCUGGAGCUGAAGAUCGUCAAGAAUGACGGGGUGCUGGAGAUAGUGUUCGAGGGACGAGAGGGAGGUAGGGCGGAAUGGAGAUUUGCGGGGCUGCAAGAGCAAGGUAGUGUGUACGCGAUGGCGAGCGUGCAGACGGAACGUGUGGGCGUGGUGGACGGAGGGACGCAGACAAUAACCGCGACAUCCACUAGUACAGGUGUACAGACCGAGACCGUCACCCAGGAAGAUGUUCAGUACCGAGACCUCACAACCACUCUGGAAAUAGACGGCAUCUGCAUCGUGGACGUCAGUGAUAGUGACGAAUAUGAAGCCCUCUCCGUCGCCUCAUCGGCAUCCUCGACCUGGUCCGAUCCCUGGCCCCGACACAUAUACCUCAAAGGGCACAAGCUGGGCCGCGGCGCUGCCACCAGAUGGGGCGCGAUCCACAUCGACCGCCAGACGCGCAAACUGCGCUGGACAGAAUCGAGCGGCGAGUCGUGGAACAAGCGCAGCGUAAAAGAAGUCAUUGACUUGCGCUCGGCCAGCACCGAAGUCCAGUACGAAGCCGGCCCUACCACAAGCCUCCUCCGUAUCUGGUAUCCCAAGUUCAGCAAAGAGGGCCUAAGCCAGGGCAUCCUGCUCGCUCUCCAGGUCCAGAGCGAAUUCCAGAUGUGGGGAAGCAACAACAAGAAGUCUCUGGGAGAAUAUCCCAUUCGCGAUAUCCGCGUCCUGCUCGAAGAGAUCAUGCUAUGCGUCGACGCGACGUCCGGCCGUGCCUGCAGCGUGCCGAAUCCCAGGACCGCGAGGGGGCCGCAUUCAGCUGCUGAGAAUGUACCGGGUGAUCCAAUCUCGGAAGCCGUCCUCAUCUUUCCAUCGAGCGUGGAGACACUGCGGACGCAAAAGGCAGACGCAGAGCCGGCAUGCAAGAAAGUACGGCUAGAGAACGAAAACGAUGCCGAGAUCCAGAACAGGAAGUGCGAUAAGGAGAUCCGGAUCGACAAUAUGGUCAGGCUUCUGGACAUCGAUCUGGAAGAAGACCCUGUGUUGCGGAACCUUUGCGGCCAGAGGAAGCGCAUUAUGCGACAAAGUGGACGCAAUGGCCAUUUGGCCCCGAGACACGAAGCUGCCCUGGACAUCGUGCUCAAUGAAGCAAAGGAACGACGUGCGAAGCUAGAGGCUGAUCUGCGGAAGAUUGCACGGCAGAGGACGUACGAGUAA